AGAGACAGUCUGCUGGAUUUUACUGUCCAGGAUCACAAAUAGAGAGGAAUGGAGGAGAACCAGGACCCAGAGCACUGCACUGAUAACACCGUUGAAAUGGAAGAAUCAGACCCAGUAGCUGUUACCACCGAUAAACAGAAACGUAAAAGAGGAAAGGGACCCAAACAUCACCGCUGUCAAGACUGUGACAAAGCCUUCACAACAUCAGCAUAUUUAAAGGUCCAUCAACACAUUCAUACUGGAGAUAAGCCAUACAGCUGUGACCAAUGUGGGAAAACCUUCACUACAAAUGGUGAUCUUAAAAUCCAUCAACGCAUUCACACUGGAGAAAAGCUGUACAGCUGUGACAAAUGUGGGAAAACCUUCGCUACAAAUGGCUAUCUUGAAAUCCAUCAACGCAUUCACACUGGAGAAAAGCCGUAUAGCUGUGACCAAUGUGGGAAAACCUUCGCUACAAAUAGCCAGCUUAAAACCCACCAAUACAUACACACUGGAGAAAAGCCGUAUAGCUGUGACCAAUGUGGGAAAACCUUCGCUACAAAUAGCCAGCUUAAAACCCACCAAUACAUACACACUGCAGAAAAGCCAUACAGCUGUGACCAAUGUGGGAAAACCUUCGCUACCAAUUGGCAAUUUAAAAUCCACCAACGCAUUCACACUGGAGAGAAGCCAUACAGCUGUGACCAAUGUGGGAAAACCUUCGCUACCAAUUGGCAAUUUAAAAUCCAUCAAAACAUUCACACUGGAGAAAAGCUGUACAGCUGUGACCAAUGUGGAAAAACUUUCUUUACAGCCGGUAAUCUAAAAAUUCAUCUACGCAUUCACACUGGAGAGAAGCCGUACAGGUGUGACCAAUGCGGGCAAACUUUCACUCAAGACAGUACUUUAAGAAGCCACCAGCGUAUUCACACUGGAGAGAAGCCAUACAGCUGUGACCAGUGUGGGAAAUCAUAUACAAGAGUCACUGCUCUAAAAAACCACCAACGUAUUCACACUGGAGAGAGGCCGUACAGUUGUGAUCAGUGUGAGAAGACUUUCACUUUGCACAGUUCUCUUAAAGUCCACCAACGCAUUCACACUGGAGAAAAGCCAUACAGUUGUAAUCAGUGUGAGAAGACUUUCCCUUUGCACAGUUCUCUUAAAGUCCACCAACGCAUUCACACUGGAGAGAGGCCAUACUGGUGCGUGCAGUGUGGGAAAUCUUUCAUCAUAUUGAGCGGUCUUAAAAGCCACCAACGUACUCACACUGGAGAAAAGCCACACAGCUGUAAGCAAUGUGGAAUAUCCUUCACAAAACCAGCAUAUUUAAAGAUCCAUCAACGCAUUCACACUGGAGAGAAGCCAUACAGCUGUGACCAAUGUGGGAAAACCUUCUCUUCAAAUGGUGAUCUUAAAAUCCACCAAUACAUACACACUGGAGAGAAGCCGUACAGCUGUGACCAGUGUGGGAAAACCUUCGCUACAAAUAGUCGGCUUAAAAGACACCAACACAUUCACAUUGGAGAAAAGCCGUACAGCUGUGACCAAUGUGGGAAAACCUUUGCUACAAAUGGCCAGCUUAAAAUCCACCAAUACAUACACACUGGAGAAAAGCCAUACAGCUGUGACCAAUGUGGGAAAACCUUCGCUUCAAAUGGCCAGCUUAAAAUCCACCAAUACAUACACACUGGAGAGAAGCCAUACAGCUGUGACCAAUGUGGGAAAACCUUCGCUACAAAUGGCCAUCUUAAAAUCCACCAAUACAUUCACACUGGAGAAAAGCCGUACAGCUGUGACCAAUGUGGGAAAACUUUCUCUACAGGCGGUAAUCUAAACGCCCAUCUACGCGUUCACACUGGAGAGAAGCCGUACUGGUGUGACCAAUGUGGGGAAACUUUCACUCAAGGCAGUACUUUAAGAAGCCACCAGCGUAUUCACACUGGAGAGAAGCCGUACAGCUGUGACCAAUGUGGGAAAACCUUCGCUACAAAUAGCCGGCUUAAAAGACACCAACGCAUUCACAUUGGAGAAAAGCCGUACAGCUGUGACCAAUGUGGGAAAACCUUUGCUACAAAUGGCCAGCUUAAAAUCCACCAAUACAUACACACUGGAGAAAAGCCAUACAGCUGUGACCAAUGUGGGAAAACCUUCGCUUCAAAUCGCCAGCUUAAAAGCCACCAAUACAUACACACUGGAGAAAAGCCGUACUGGUGUGACCAAUGUGGGGAAACUUUCACUCAAGGCAGUAAUUUAAGAAGCCACCAGCGUAUUCACACUGGAGAGAAGCCAUACAGUUGUGUGCAGUGUGGGAAAACUUUCACUUUACAAAGUUCUCUUAAAGCCCAUCUACGCAUUCACACUGGAGAGAAGCCGUACAGGUGUGACCAAUGUGGGGAAACUUUCACUCAAGACAGUAAUUUAAGAAGCCACCAACGUACUCACACUGGAGAGAAGCCACACAGCUGUAAGCAAUGUGGGAUAUCCUUCACAAAACCAGCAUAUUUAAAGAUCCAUCAACGCAUUCACACUGGAGAAAAGCCAUACAGCUGUGACCAAUGUGGGAAAACCUUCUCUAAAAAUGGUAAUCUUAAAAGCCACCAAGACAUUCACACUGGAAAAAAGCCGUACAGCUGUGACCAAUGUGGGAAAACCUUUGCUUCAAAUGGCAAUCUUAAAACCCACCAAUACAUACACACUGGAGAAAAGCCAUACAGCUGUGACCAGUGUGGGAAAACCUUCUCUUCAAAUGGUGAUCUUAAAAUCCACCAAUACAUACACACUGGAGAGAAGCCAUACAGCUGUGACCAGUGUGGGAAAACCUUCGCUACAAAUGGCCGGCUUAAAAGCCACCAACACAUUCACACUGGAGAAAAGCCGUACAGCUGUGACCAAUGUGGGAAAACCUUCGCUUCAAAUAGCCAGCUUAAAAUCCACCAAUACAUACACACUGGAGAGAAGCCGUACAGCUGUGACCAAUGUGGGAAAACCUUCGCUACAAAUAGCCUGCUUAAAAGCCACCAAUACAUACACACUGGAGAAAAGCCGUAUAGCUGUGACCAGUGUGGGAAAACUUUCUCUUCAAAUAGCAAUCUUAAAAUCCACCAAUACAUACACACUGGAGAAAAGCCGUACAGCUGUGACCAAUGUGGGAAAACCUUCGCUACAAAUGGCCAGCUUAAAAGCCACCAAUACAUACACACUGGAGAGAAGCCAUACAGCUGUGACCAAUGUGGGAAAACUUUCUCUACAGGCGGUGCUCUAAAAGCCCAUCUACGCAUUCACAUUCACACUGGAGAGAAGCUGUACUGGUGUGACCAAUGUGGGGAAACUUUCACUCAAGACAGUACUUUAAGAAGCCACCAGCGUAUUCACACUGGAGAUAAGCCUAGUUGUGACCAAUGUGGGAAAUCAUAUACGAGAGUCACUGCUCUAAAAAAAUACCAACGUGUUCACACUGGAGAGAGGCCGUACAGUUGUGAUCAGUGUGGGAAAACAUUCAGGUUACGCAUGUCUCUAAUAAUCCACCAAACCUAUCACACUGGAGAGAGGCCAUACAGUUGUAAUCAGUGUGGGAAGACUUUCCCUUUACAAGGUUCUCUUAAAGUCCACCAACGCAUUCACACUGGAGAAAAGGCAUACUGGUGCGUGCAGUGUGGGAAAACUUUCAUCACAAAUAGCAGUCUUAAAGGCCACCAACGUAUUCACACUGGAGAAAAGGCAUACUGGUGCGUGCAGUGUGGGAAAACUUUCAUCACAAAUAGCAGUCUUAAAGGCCACCAACGUAUUCACACUGGAGAGAAGCCGUACAGCUGUAAGCAAUACUGUGACAAAGCCUUCACAAAACCAGCAUAUUUAAAGAUCCAUCAACGCAUUCACACUGGAGAAAAGCCAUACAGCUGUGACCAAUGUGGGAAAACCUUCUCUAAAAAUGGUAAUCUUAAAAGCCACCAAGACAUUCACACUGGAAAAAAGCCGUACAGCUGUGACCAAUGUGGGAAAACCUUUGCUUCAAAUGGCAAUCUUAAAACCCACCAAUACAUACACACUGGAGAAAAGCCAUACAGCUGUGACCAGUGUGGGAAAACCUUCUCUUCAAAUGGUGAUCUUAAAAUCCACCAAUACAUACACACUGAGGAGAAGCCAUACAGCUGUGACCAGUGUGGGAAAACCUUCGCUACAAAUGGCCGGCUUAAAAGCCACCAACACAUUCACACUGGAGAAAAGCCGUACAGCUGUGACCAAUGUGGGAAAACCUUCGCUUCAAAUAGCCAGCUUAAAAUCCACCAAUACAUACACACUGGAGAGAAGCCGUACAGCUGUGACCAAUGUGGGAAAACCUUCGCUACAAAUAGCCUGCUUAAAAGCCACCAAUACAUACACACUGGAGAAAAGCCGUAUAGCUGUGACCAGUGUGGGAAAACUUUCUCUUCAAAUGGCAAUCUUAAAAUCCACCAAUACAUACACACUGGAGAAAAGCCGUACAGCUGUGACCAAUGUGGGAAAACCUUCGCUUCAAAUGGCCAGCUUAAAAUCCACCAAUACAUACACACUGGAGAGAAGCCAUACAGCUGUGACCAAUGUGGGAAAACCUUUGCUUCAAAUGGCAAUCUUAAAACCCACCAAUACAUACACACUGGAGAAAAGCCAUAUAGCUGUGACCAGUGUGGGAAAACUUUCUCUUCAAAUAGCAAUCUUAAAAUCCACCAAUACAUACACACUGGAGAAAAGCCGUACAGCUGUGACCAAUGUGGGAAAACCUUCGCUACAAAUGGCCAGCUUAAAAGCCACCAAUACAUACACACUGGAGAGAAGCCAUACAGCUGUGACCAAUGUGGGAAAACUUUCUCUACAGGCGGUGCUCUAAAAGCCCAUCUACGCAUUCACAUUCACACUGGAGAGAAGCUGUACUGGUGUGACCAAUGUGGGGAAACUUUCACUCAAGACAGUACUUUAAGAAGCCACCAGCGUAUUCACACUGGAGAUAAGCCAUAG